UAUCAGUUCCUGUUUCCUUACGAGCAGCCGCUCAAAGUCCACCUGCAUGACCAGAGAAACAAGCUGGGGUCAAACUGUUUCUCCCUCUCCAUGCCUCAGAAGGACUGCGUGAUUAUUUCUUUCUCAAUGAAUCACCAAAAUCAGCCCACAGCAUGAAAAGCUGGAGCAGCAAACUCAAGAGACAAGACUCUGGCAGUGUGGUCGAGUCCUCCUCUAGCAAAAGGAACUCCAUUAGUGGCCCACCAGUGCCUGUGUGGGUUACUCACACACCCACACCAGAUAAUAUCACAAAUGAUGGUGAUACUAACUCCACAGGCCGAACUUCCAGCACUCCACCGUACGCUGAGAAGGAGGACAGUAAAGGAAGCAUGAAGGACAGACUGAAAUCCCUCAUCCCUCAGUCAUGGGGAGGCAUCAUCCCUAAAUCGACAAAAGAGAGUGACAGUUUUAACGACUCUGAAGCCAGCAGCAGUACGAUCCAGAUCCUGCCCAAUGGGACCAGGGUGAGUCCUCCUGUAAGUCCCCUGCUGGAGCGCAGGAACUGGGCUGAAUCACUUGGCAACUCCAGCCAGAACUCUCAUAAGCCUUUGUUAAGGGAGAGCCCGUCUGAUGAUCUCUUGUAUCAGGGCCCACGAGAAGAAUCUCUCCUGACCAGUAUCCACCCUGCAGAGUACUACGCUGAGAAGCUGGAGGUCUAUAACCUGAAGUACGCUUACUUGAAAUCCUGGCCAGGGUUGCUCAGACUUCUUGCGGGACUUCAGCUCCUUUUUGGGGGCAUGGUCUUUGCCUGCAUCAUCGCGUACAUCCAGAAAGACAGUGAGUGGUCCAACAGCUACGGACUCUAUAACGGUGCGUAUAACAAUGGGCAAGGCAUAUCUGGAUACAGCUACAGAGGCCCCAUGACUCCCUUUGUACUGGCUGUAGCUGGAGUCUCCUGGAUUAUAACCCUCAUUAUUUUAGUGAUGGGAAUGACGAUGUAUUAUCGCACCAUCCUCCUCGACGCGCCCUGGUGGCCUCUGACGGAGGCCUUCAUCAACGUGGCGCUGUUCCUGCUCUACAUGGCGGGUGGGAUUGUCUACCUGAACGACUUGAACCGCGGGGGGCUGUGCUACACGGCAAUAGGCAUUAACCCCAUCGUUGCCAAUCUGUGCCGGGUUGAUGGGGGACAGAUGGCGGGAACGGCUUUCAUCUUCAUCAACAUGGCGAUGUAUCUGGGAAGCUUCCUGGUGUGUCUGAAGAUGUGGAGGCAUGAGGCUGCACGAAGGGAGAGAGAGUACUUUGAGAACAAGCCCCAGGAGUCCAUCCCACUAACCCCUCAAAAAACAAAGCACAUAUCAUUCAAGGAUGAAACAGAUAAGUCUCUGAGUAAAGAUUAUCUAAAUCAGAAUCCAGUCAGUGUGAACAGAGCCCCAGCGUCUGAAUACACCCCCAAAGUACACAUCAUCGCCGACUACAUCAUAAAGUAUCCAGAGAUCAGCUGUGUGGAAGAAAGGGAAAAAUACAAAGCAGUCUUCAAUGACCAGUAUCAGGAAUACAAGGACCUCCACAGAGACAUCGGCAUCACCCUCGAUAAGUUCAGACAGCUGGAUGCAGUGAUGGCACGACUCCCCAGAGAUGGAAAAAGCCAAGAGGAUCGGCAGAGGAUUCAAAGCAUUUUGAAGAAGUAUCAGCAGAAAAAGAGUGAGCCUGGCUUCCUAGAGAAAAAGGAGCGCUGUGACUAUUUAAAAGCUAAAUUAAGCCACAUCAAAAACAGAAUACGCACUUUUGACCAGGAAGCCAUGGGAAAUGGUCGGGCAUGAAGACGAACAGAGAGAGAUACCUGCAGCACCUGAUGAGUGGACACAACAAAUAACCUUUCUGUCAUUGUUUUUUUUUUGUCAGUAUAUUGAUCGUAUUGAAUAUAUAUUCAUUUUGAAUGAAAAGCAUAUUGGACACUUUUUGUAUUGGCAUCAACAUGACAUGAAACCUGGUUUAUAACACCUGAGCUACAGCAUUAUAAGGGCUAAAUGUUACACGCCUUUUGUGUACAACUUUCAUUACAUGUCAUCUCAUGAUUUCUUGUUAUAUUCCUGUCAUUUGUGUCACCGCGGAGGAACAACAUGUUGAUUCAGUGUAUGUUUUAAAUCAAAACUCUGUCAGUGAUUGCAAUUUUUAUUAAAAAAAUAAGUUUGUGUGAUACAGGUUCUUUUUUUACUAACGCGUAUUGCUGUUUCAUAUUUGCACUGCCCCUUUGUGUUUUCUCUACAACAUUUUUGGCUCUGCGUAGACAGUUAGUUUAUCUUACCUAUGUGCGCUACUUUGAUUGCUCCUACCUCCUAGGUGAUCCAUGAUUUUUUAUUGUCCUUCAGC